AUGAAAUUUCUCAUUCUAAUUUCUCAAUUUGUAUUUGUUAUUUACUCUUGUGAUGUUCCAAUUGGUAAGAUAAUUUUGAAUUGAACUGACUUUUAAAAGCUUUUUCUGGGUAGGGUAUUACACGCACUAGGUAAACACUCUCAUAAAUUAAAAUCUUAAAAUUGACGUGACAGCGUCAAUUUUAAAACUACCAGUCUGUGGGUUUACUGUGGCUCAAAAUGAAUAAUUUAUGACCCGAAAACUGUACGGAUUACUGUAGAUUAGAUUUAGAACUGCAAAAAAAUGAACCCCAAGGGAAAAAAUAAACCUCCAUUUGUAAAUCUUAAAAAUUGAGAUCGAAUUACCGUACCCAAGUUCAGAAAUUCCAAAAUACUGAAAAUUUCAGAUUGUGGCUGCUCUGCAAUCACCGCAAUCACCAAAGAAAAGUUGUUAGCCACCGCAUCAAGCACUCAAAUGCAGAAAAAAUUUACCAAUUCGACAGUUUUUCAACCUGCUUCUUAUAAAGUUACUGGAAGUUGUAAAAAUUCAACAAUAACUUUUAAUUGUGGAGAUUUAACAAAAUCUGGAAUCUCUGAAUUAUACUGGAUUUAUGGAGAUAACUCUUAUUAUUAUGUGAGAUCAGACAUAUUCUGUUUUGGCUGAAAAUUAUAAUAUUUUCAGGGACAACUAAACCUAUAUCAACCAACUUUCAAAACAAACAAUUUGAUUUGUAAUACAAGUGUCAGCGAAAAAUGGAUGUAUGCAGAGAAUAAAAAUGUAUACACGGUACUUUGUGCAACUAUUUGAGUUUGAAAAAUUGAAUGAAUAAACUUUGAGUUUUCUCGAAAAUGAAAAGGUUUAGCGAAACUAAAAGGUUCAAAAACAAAGAUGAAUCUGUGGCUCCGAAAAAGAAAAAUGAUCUGUCAAAAAAUAAGUCCGAGCAUUUUUCAAUUUUCCAGUUUUUAACUGAUGUUUCUCAACUUGAUGUAUAUUUUUAAAGAACACCCACAAAGCUUCUAUCUUAAAAUAACUUUAAUUUUGAAUUAUCAGAAAGUAUAAAUUAAUAACUGAAAGAAGUGAAGAAAAAGCCUGAAGUUUUCAGGAUACUGUAAAUACUCGAAAAAAAAUUACGGCAAAAAAAACAAAAAUAAAUUCCCCUCUGCAAAAAAUUAACAAAAACGACAGGUUAUCUCGCUUCAGAAUAAUAAUGAAAAGUGUUGCAAAACUGAAUUAAGUGGUUCGUUUUUUUUUGUUUUCCGGACCUCCUCUUCCUAAUUUUAUUUUGGCCAUCAAUGAAAAAAGGAAAAAAGAAGAAGAUCCGUGAGAAAAAAACCUAGAAAAUUUUGAGAAGAAAAAAAGAAGAUCAAAAUAAAAAUUCAUGAAAAUAUGGCGAAAAAAUUUGGAAUAAUUUUAUUCAUUGGAUAAAUUUGCAAGGUGGAUCUUGACAAAAACCAAAAAUUAUCCAAUUGGAAGUUUGAGUUGGAACUUGAGAGAAACUAGAAUAAAAACAUGUGUGGGGAUACACAGAGUGUAAUUUACAACCCGAAAAAUUCCGCGCAUUUUUCUAUUUUUGAUCUACCAAAAAAAAUUACCAAAAAAUUUGAGGUCUAGCGAUUUGAGAUAAAACUGUGUGUAACUUUGCGUCAGCGUGUUUUUUCAGUCCGCGAAUUUUUCAAAUUCAAAUUUGAACUUUUCAGUUUUGUAUUCAUGUAUUUCAGACAUUUUUUUGUAUUUAUACAAACAUCAUCUCUAUUUUCGUCUAUGUCUCCUUCUAAUUGCCCUCUUUUUUUCCCCUAGUUUUUUUCGUUUCUAUUUUCCUUCACAAAGGACCACUUUCUCGUGUGUUGUCUUGGUGUUGUUUUUCUUUUUUCCAGAUAUUUUCCAACUCACAACCGGAAAUUUUUCAGAUCUUUUUCUUAUUUUUGGAAGUUUUCAUUUCUGUUUUCAAUUUUCUUGAGAGAAAAGCGGAUUAUUUCGGAAUUUUUCAAGAUUUUGCGCAUUUUCAUAUUUAGUUAUACAUAUUGCUGAAGAAGCAUCUGGAUGUUUCAAAAAUGGUGUUUGGAGACGAAAAAGUCUCCGAAUGCUCCUAGAAAAAGAUGUUUAUCGUUUUUGGCUAAUUUGGAGCCGAAAACAAGUGCAGAAAAUUGUGAAGAUGAAAAGGACAAGGUGAGUUUAUAUUGACAAUUUUGACAGGUGAAAAAUGUGGCCUUGUGGCCUAAUGGAUAAGGCGUCUGACUUCUAAUCAGAAGAUUGCAGGUUCGAUCCCUGCCUGGGUCAAAACUUUUAUCAUUUUUUCUUAUAUUGAAGAUAGCUUAUUAGAAGUGAAAACUACAUUUCCGGACUUUUCGUCUUCUUGCUCGUGAUUAUAAAUUAUUCAAACAUACAUUUUCUUCUUCUUUUUUGCCUAUUUUCGCUUUCACAACUAAUAUAUGUUUUCAGCGAAGAUAUGGUUUUUGCGGAGAUCGAAGCACUCACAGUUAUGGAGAACAAUUUAUUUUUUCCAUUGAGAAGGUGAGUACUGUAGUAAUGAACAUGUAACUAGAUUGCAGGUUGGUGUGAAAUUUUUUAUAGAAAUGAAUUUCAAAAUAUUUUUUUUUGUCACGACUUCACGGAAAACGUGAAAAUCGGAAUAUUUUUCAACUUCAACUAAUUCCCCCCUCAUUUUUCGGAAAUCUCUAAAAAUAUCCUUAUCCUCUUUGCAAACGAAUUUCACAAGAAUAAUCCUUUUUUCCGUCAUUUCCUCUUUUUUUCUUCUAUAUUCUCCGGACAAAAAAAGAAAAGAGGAUUUUUUUGGUUUCCAUGGAGAGAAAAUAAAAGAAUGGAUGAAAAAGGUCCUUUUUUGAGUGCCAGGAGGUCCGAAGGCCAAAAAAUGAGGAAAAUAAAAAAGUAUUGGGAAGGCAGAGAGAAGGGAAGUAAUUAUGAAAAUUGGAAGUUUAUUGGGUUUCAGACAGAGCCUGAGGGAAAUGGGAAUAUAACGUGGAUUUUCUAGAAUUGCGAGUGAAAAAAUAGAGAGCUUCUGUUUAAACAUUUUUUUUUCUAGUUUUUUUUGUGAACCGCUUAUCACAAUCCUUCCAAAACUGCAAAACUCAACUUCUAAUAUGAGUUAUGACGUGGCAAAGUUUAAAGGUGAUCGACUCUCUUGAACUACGCUGAUUUUCAUUAAUACCAUUUCAAGCUAGAUAUAACCUUCAGACUUUGAAACUUCAUAACUCAAAUUAAAAGUUGAGAUCUAGUUUUGGACGAAAAGAUUGUGAAAAUACUAGGACUCCCUUUUGAGAGAGGUAAUAUAGCUUAUUAAAAAAUGUGCGCUGAACCUAAUCAAAUCCAAGAAAUUUUCAAACAAAAACUUUCUGUGAAUCUGGAAACCACAGUACUCACGUGAGUAUUUUCACAAGAAAUUUUGAAUUUCAAAAUAAAAAGAUUCAGAAGCACCAUUUUCAGAACUCGGUUUAUAGAUGAUAUAAAUGCUCUUCUGCUCUGUUCAAAACUAAAUUCGUAAUUUUUUCCAAAACUCCAAUUUUCACCCAAAAAAUAUUUAUACAGUAGUAUUUUUGGUCAGCUUACACGAAAACAUAGGCCUAAUCUAUAUUUGUUAAUCAGAAAAUUGUGUUGUUAGUUUUUGGCAGUAACUAGUAUAUGUUGUAGUCAUGGAGAUAUGUAUAUUUCCAUUAUAUUUUUUUGUCUCACACUUGCGCAUUUAUACAAUUUUUGGAUCACACACACAUAUUCUCCUCUAGUUCACUUUAAUUUUAAUUUUUCUUUCGGAAUUUUCGAGUUUUUUUGCAGCAAUAGUCGUCGUCGAUGUGAAGCGAUGGAUAAAUAUGAAAGGAUUUCUAAAUUGGGAGAAGGUUCUUAUGGAGUCGUUUUUAAGUGUAAAAAUAAAGAAAAUGGACAGAUUGUUGCUAUCAAAAAGUUUGUUGAAACUGAAGAUGAUCCACAUAUUAAGAAAAUUGCACUUCGAGAAAUUCGAAUGCUGAAGGUUGGCAGAUUUUUUAUUGGACCUGAGGAAUCGGACCCGGCUUUAUCACAUCAGCUUGUGAUCCCAGAAUAUUUCUUUCAAAAUUGGACCGGGCCCAAUUCACUAAUUUGUUAUAAUCCUCAUAUUUUCAAAGUUUCAGAAAAAUGUAAUUUUUUUGCAGCAACUGAAACAUCAAAAUCUAGUUGGUCUAAUCGAAGUUUUCAAACGAAAUCGAAAAUUGCACUUGGUUUUUGAGUUGUGCGAUCGAACUGUUCUACACGAGUUAGAGAAAAAUCCGACUGGGUUUGUUUUUUUUUUUGAAAAAUAUUUAAUUUUAUUUUAUUUUGAAACAUUUCAGAGUAAACGAUGAUCUGAUAAAGAAGAUUAUUUUUCAACUUUUGGAGGCACUUCGGUUUUGUCAUAAUCAUAAAUGUAUACACAGGUAUUUUUUUGAAUAGAAAUUGAAAACUGAACUUUUUAUUUCAAAAAUGAAUUUGUUUAGUUGAAAAAUUUUUCAAAUUUUCGGGAAUAAUUUUUUCGAAAACUUUUUGGAAUUUCAAAAAGAAAAAUUGAAUUUUGCUGGAUUUUUACAUCCAAAAACUUCUCCAAAAAUUUUUCAGCAAGUUCCGAGAAAUCUUUCUCACUUCAAAAAAAAAGUUCCAAAACUUCCAAUUUUUCCAGAGAUGUCAAACCUGAAAAUAUAUUUCUGACUCGAAAUGAUCAAGUCAAAUUAGGAGAUUUUGGAUUCGCCAGGAUAAUCAGUGAGUUCUCCUAACUCUCCCCCAAUCAUUUCUCUUCCUAUUUUUUCAGACACUACCGAAAUGUACACAGAUUACGUGGCAACUCGAUGGUAUCGUAGUCCAGAACUUCUUGUUGGUGAUAUUCAAUAUGGUCCUCCAGUUGAUAUUUGGGCUGUUGGUUGUGUUUAUGCGGAAUUAUUAACUGGAGAAGCAUUAUGGCCUGGAAGAUCGGAUAUUGAUCAAUUAUUUUUGAUUCGAAAAACAUUGGGAGAAUUUUUGCCACGUCAUCUGACGAUUUUUCGAAAUAAUCAAUUUUUCUACGGUUUAUCGAUUCCGGAACCAGAACAUCAAGAGCCGUUGGCUUCGAAGUUGCCGAAUGCUUCGAGUGGACAACUUGACUUUUUAUAUGUUAGUUAUGGGAACAUGGGACCAUCCAGUUUUUUUUGAGCAAAAUACGAAGAAGACGUUGAAUUUCAGAUGGAUUACUGUAGUCUUUUAUUUCUAGAAUUUUUAGAAACUGAAUUAGGGUUGAAAUAAGAAAAAAUCCAAACCUCCAUAUUUUGUUCCAGAAAUGUUUCGAAAUGUCACCGGAUCGUCGUUGGUCUUGCAGCGAACUAAUGCAACAUCCAAUAUUUCAAAAUUGGACUCUUCGAUUACGACUCGACACUGAAAAUGCGACAAGUAGUAGUGGAGGACAAAUACAGAAAAAGAGUCCCAAUUAUCUUCCUCUUCUUAAUGGAAAUUCAACAAAUCUGGUAUCAAAAAAUUUCAGCCUUCAAGCAAAUCACAAUAAUAAUAAUAGAAGUUAUCUUCCUAAUAUUUAA